GGGCGACGGCGGUCGGGGCGGGGGUGCGCGUGCGCCCUGGGCCCGGGCCCCCGAGUAGCCAGAAUCCUGGAGGCCCCCGCUUCCAGGAGUCAUGUCCCUGCACCCCGGUCCCCGGGAGACAUAAUCCCAGCGCCCCGGCCGGGCCCCUAGGAACCGCGUCCACAAGUCCCGGGGGCCGGCGUGGCAGGCGCCGGGCUCACUCCGGGAGGGGGCGGGCGCCGCGAGCCCCUUCCCGCAGGGGCGCCUGUGCCGCUGUCCGGCGGCCGGGGAGCCCGGGGGCCGCGGGGGACAGGAGCGCAGCGGACAGAGAGGCCUGGGCGCCGCCGGUCCGUGUUGCUGUUUACGCUGCGGGCGCGCAGUGCCCCCUGCCCGCCCUCCCGCUGCUCCCCCGCCCGCUCCAACAUGCCCUCAGUGCGCCUGCCGCCGCGCCCCGGGCGCUAGACCGCGCGGCCGCCAUGGGGAAUGGGAUGAACAAGAUCCUGCCUGGCCUGUAUAUCGGCAGCUUCAAAGAUGCCAGAGAUGCAGAGCAGUUGAGCAAGAACCAGGUGACACACAUUCUGUCUGUGCACGACAGCGCCAGGCCAGCACUGGAGGGGGUUAAAUACCUGUGCAUUCCAGCAGCGGAUUCACCAUCUCAAAACCUGACAAGACAUUUCAAAGAAAGUAUUCAAUUCAUCCACGAGUGCCGCCUGCGAGUUAGGUUUCUGCAGGGACUGUUGAGGUCACGACACAGAAACUCCUUUUCCAGCCUUCCUCCGAGAUCCCGACAGAGUAUGGGCUCUGCCCGGUGCCCAUUCAAAGCACUGCUUCUUGCUGGAGAGUUUAGAUUGCACGUCCUGGCCGGCGUCUCCAGGAGUGUGACUCUGGUGGUCGCAUACAUCAUGACGGUCACCGACUUCGGCUGGGAAGAUGCCCUGCGCACUGUGCGUGCGGGGAGGUCCUGUGCAAACCCCAACCUGGGCUUCCAGAGGCAGCUGCAGGAGUUUGAGGAACACCAGGUCUGUCAGUUCCGCCAGUGGCUGAAGGAGGAGUACGGAGAGAGCCCUUUGCGGGAUGCAGAAGAAGCCAGAGGCAUUCUGGGUAAAUACAAAGAGCAGGGGCGCGCGGAGCCCCCGCCUGGCGCCAGGCGCUGGGGUGGCCUCCCGGCCUCACCUCCUCUGGCCUACGGCAGCUGCACCACGGAGACCUAGCUGAGCCCUUGGCGCCCCUGCCCGCGGACAGGAAGGGGUGUCCCGGUGGAUCCGGGCCCCCCCCGAGACCCCAGCAGCCCCACUCCCAGCUUCUGCGCCGCAGGCUGGGGAGUGUGCACGCGCGCGCUCGUGUGUGUGUGUGUGUGUGUGUGUGUGUGUGUGAGCGUGAGUGCUGGAUGUGCGCGCUGCGGGAGCUGCCGUGAAAGCCACACUGCCGGCGUCGGCCUCACUGCCUUUCCCCGUGCGAGGUCUGCUGGAAGGCACUUGGAGGUGGCCGUGGAGGGCCCCCUGCUGCAGCCGGCCCUGCCCAGGCCAGCCCUGCCUUUCCGCGCCCUACUCGGUGGUGCCUGCCUGAACCGCCUGCCCUUGGGUCGUGUGGGGAGCACCCUAGACGCCCGCCCUCGGCCCCCGUCCAGCUUCCCCUCCUCCCAGCCCCCCGCUGCUCUCACCCUGGGGGCCUCGUCACAAGGCUUGCAUGCACCUUUGGGAUUUGGGAAGAAAGGGCGUCGUUAGGCACUGUCACGGUUUGCGCUUAAAAAUACAUUUAAAAUGCCUGAGCACUUA